GAAGGGGGGCAGGCGCGGUGGGAAAGAUGGCGUACCAGAGUCUCCGGCUGGAGUACCUGCAGAUCCCGCCGGUCAGCCGCGCCUACACUACCGCCUGCGUCCUCACCACUGCGGCCGUGCAGUUGGAAUUGAUCACACCUUUUCAGUUAUACUUCAAUCCUGAAUUAAUUUUUAAGCACUUUCAAAUCUGGAGGCUAAUCACCAAUUUCUUAUUUUUUGGUCCAGUUGGAUUCAAUUUUUUGUUUAACAUGAUUUUUCUAUAUCGUUAUUGUCGAAUGCUAGAAGAAGGCUCCUUCCGAGGUCGGACAGCAGACUUUGUAUUUAUGUUCCUUUUUGGUGGAUUUUUAAUGACUCUUUUUGGUUUGUUUGUGAGCUUAGUUUUUUUAGGCCAGGCCUUUACAAUAAUGCUGGUCUACGUGUGGAGCCGACGGAACCCAUAUGUCCGCAUGAACUUCUUUGGUCUUCUAAACUUCCAGGCCCCCUUUCUGCCCUGGGUGCUCAUGGGGUUCUCCUUGUUGCUGGGGAACUCGAUUAUAGUGGACCUUUUGGGUAUUGCAGUUGGGCAUAUAUAUUUUUUCUUGGAAGAUAUAUUUCCCAAUCAGCCUGGUGGAAUAAGAAUUCUGAAAACGCCAUCUAUUUUGAGGACUAUUUUUGAUACACCAGAUGAGGAUCCCAAUUACAACCCACUACCUGAAGAGCGGCCAGGAGGCUUCGCCUGGGGUGAGGGCCAGCGCCUUGGAGGGUAAAGCAGCUGUGCCAAUUACGAGACCCAUCUGAGAAAGACUCAGUGAAAUGUCCAUUGGGAUCUUUUAUCCCUUGUUGCAAAGGCGUCGACAGUUUUGACAGCUUGACAUAUUUUUAACUCCAGAAGCACUUUACGGGAUGGUACACUGACUAACACAGAAGACAUUUCCAGCAGUUUGCCAGGGGUUCCUCACUAUGCUGGUACUAAAAGUAUAACCUCUUGGAGCCAAAAACUGGAGAAACAGAUACCCUGCCUGGUGUCUCUAACAAGUACGUGGGUACUUGAGCUUGGUGGCAUAAGGCAAGGUUUUCCUCCUCCUCUUUGAUAGACAAGGCCGUGGUGUAAAUGGAAGUUACAGAGAGGACAAAAUAAAACUGAAUUCCAUCUCUCUCACACUGUA